UCAGGUCCUCGUCGUUGAGCAGAUGCGACUCGCGGGGCUUGAAACAGUUCUGACACUUGCUCUUGUUGAAGAUGUUGGCCUGGAAUUUCCUGCACGGGUUCUCCUUGGCCGCCGACAUGGCCGGGAACGGGCUCAGGCCGGCCGCCGCCGCAUCCCCGGCCGCCGCCUCCAGCCGCGCACGCAGGCCGGCGCCUCACAGAGCGCGCGGCCCCCGCCGCCCGCCCGCGCCGCCGCCGCCGCCGCCCGCCGGUCCCAUGGACGCGGCCUCGCGCGCCCACUCCCGCUCUCGCCGCCGCCCUGCCGAUCCCCGCGCUCGGUGCCCGCGCCGCCCUCAGCCGCAGCGAAGGGGAGCGGAACGCCGGGCGCACUCCAGGGCGGCAGGCGCGCUCGAGGGAGCGACAGGCCAGCGCGCGGGGCGUGGCGGUGCGCGGGGCGGGGCCACUUCCCGGCGCGAUCGGCGGCCCGGCGGGCCAAUGGCAGCGACGCGUCCCGGCUAACAAAGAAACCUCCUGGCCAAUGGGAGCCGGAGGUGGGACAAAAGGCGGCCAGGCGCAAGGAAAACAAGAUGAAAGAGAGAGGCGGACACUGUUGACGGGUGUGCCGUGCCUGCCACAGAGAGGCUGCUUGGAAAAUAUUUGUUGAAUGUGAGGUUGAGCUCCAGCGUUGUUCUUUGCUGCUUUGUUUGUAAAAGGAAAAACCAAAAGCAACAGAAGUGUAAGACAUCAGGGUGCCAGCUCAAUAAAUGAUGGCAGAUCCGUAAAAUGGAAUGUUGUCCCUGUCAUUUGAAACCAGGUUGUGGUAACACACAAUACUCCCCCUUCCCUCGAGUGUGGCCUGACUUCACGAUUGGCAUCCAGAGCAUGGAGCAGCAAAGCAGACAACAGUAGUUUACAGUGGAGAAAGCCAGCAGAUGCUCCGCCCCUGGACACCAGUAGUGAUAAAUCGUGUGGACGUCAGGUACCCGGAUGGGAUGCAGUGAGAAGGGUCUCCCCCCAAAACCGUUACCGUAGUCUCAUCGUGAGAAAAACAUCAGACAAACCCAAUGGACCCACAUCCUACAACAUGCCUGAGCGGUGCCCUUCAAAAUUGUCAAGGUCACAAAACAGGAGGAAAGGAAACAGCCUGGCCCGAAUGCCAUAUGGGGUCCUGGACAGGGUCUUGGAACAGGAAAAGGACAGUCGUGGAAGAACUUGCAAAAUCCUAAUAAAGCCCCUAGUUUAGUUAAUGAUAAUUUACUAAUACUGGGACUUCCCUGGUGGUCCAGUGGUUAGGAAUCCACCUUCCACUGCCAGGGACACGGGUUCGAUCCCUGGUUGGGGAACUAAGAUCCCACAUGCCGCAGGGCAACUAAGCCCCUGCGCUCUAGAGCCAGCAUGCCGCAACUAGAGAGCCCGCACGCCACAACAAAGAGCCCAUGUGCCACAACUAAGACCCAACACGGCCAAAUAAAUAAGUAAAUAAACAUUUUUUAAAAUAAUAAUAAUAAUUCACCGAUGUUAAUUUUUUUAGUUUCGGCAAAUGUGCCAUGGUUAAGUAAGACAUUCACAUUCAGGGAAGCUGGGUAAAGCGUGGACGGGAGCCCUUUGUGCUCUUUGCUGCAAAUCUAAAUUGUUCCAAAAUGUAGUAGUAUUUUAAAGAGCCAGAGGUGAUAUUUCCUUUUUUUUUUUUUUUUUUUUUAUGGCCCCACCCCUCGGCUUCCAGGAUAGUUUCCCAACCAGGGAUCAAACCCAGGCCCAGGCGGUGAAAGCUCGGAGUGCUAACCAUUGGACAGCCGGGGAAUUCCUGAAGGUAGAUAUUUCUUAGCGUAAGAAUGUACACAUGAUAUAUUAAAGGGGAAACCUGUGUCUGGUCUCAUACAGUUUUUGCCGAAUGAGCCCGUUUUUGUAAAAAAGUCACUGACGAGGUGUGUGCAUAUACAUGAAUGGAUGUACACGCACACACACGCAGGAGAAUAAGGUCUGGGUGCACAGACUCCCAGGGCUACAGCCCCGGGGCCAGGGGGAGAGGUGGGCUAGCGCCCACCGUCCUUCUGAAAUGGGCAGCAGCCUCGCAGCUCCAGCCAGUUGUCCUACAGGACCUGGAACCAGUCCCGACGGAUCUUCUCAUUCUCCAAAAGAAAUCGAAAUCCAGGCUGCUACCCAAAUUUCUAGGACCCACUGGGCCGUGGGGAGAAGGCCUCCAGGGUCACACAGCCGAGGAGAAGACGGCUUGGGCGCCAAGAGGCAGGCAACCUGGGCGUCAGCGGGGCCGCCCCGCCUUGGCCCCCUCUGCUCCUGGGCCUGGAGGACCGCCAGCUCCCCGGGGUGGGGGCUGGGGGGCUGCCACUCUCCCAACCUCGGCCCUGCACGCGGCCAGGCUGGGACGGAGGUCUGCCUGGGGCCCACGUGGCCGGUGCUGCCUCUCUGCUGGGCAGGUCACUGUGCGCGUGUGCGCGCGCGUGCCUGUGAGUGAUGGAUCCGGCAUCCCCUCGGGUGUCCGUGUCUGUGCACGUCUGGGUCGGUCUGGCCGUCUUUGAGAGUGUACACAGGCAUGACCAAGCUAUGUACCUACGUGAGUAUUGGCGCGUUCGUCCGUGGGUCCACAACCGUGAGUGUGAGUGUGCGUCGUGCAGAUGCGCACAUCUGUGUCUCUGUUGUAUGCGUGUGAGAUGAUCCUCUGUGUUUAUGUGUCUGUGGGCAGGUGCCCUGGCUGGCUGGCCUCAAUGCCUACAUAUCCGUGUUUCUGUGGGACUGCCUGUGUGUUUAUACCAUGUGUGCACACGUGCGCGUGUGUGUGUCUGUCCGUCUGCUCUGUUCAGUUGUGUCUGCUUGUAUGUCUAUUGUAUGUAUGGGCAUCUCGGGUGUGUCUGUGCCUCUGUGUGAGUGUAUGUUAGUGUCUGUGACUGUGUGCGUAUACGUGGGAGUGUUGGAUACUGGAGGUCAGGGGUCAGGGUUUGGGGAUUAGGGGUCACAAUCUGCACCAGCUUCUCAAUUCCCUGGUUCCUGCAAGUCCCCGUAAGAAGCACGUAGGUCCAAGCAACCCCGCCAGCCCACGAGCCCCAGGCAUAGGGUGAGAAGGCCAAGGGUGGGCCAGCUGCAGAGUCCAGGCUUGGAGGCCCCAGAGUCCACUCCUUUGCAUCCCCUCCACACAUUGAAGCCACCAGCCUGCCUUGGCGUGGCUCCUGGGGGCCCCUUGCCUUUGGCCUUCCAAGAGUCUUUGAUCCAAGACACAGCCCCCACAGCCCACCAAGGUACUGCCUGAAGGCCAUUUGUUUACAGGUGAGCUGGGGGGGCUGGGGGAGAGGUGGGGGAUUGAGGCGAUGGGUGAAUGGGGGGGCAGCUGGGGUGAGUAACAGACGCAGGAAGCCUCAGAGCCUUAGGCCAGAGGGACCCUUGGAGACCCUCUGGUCCCGUCCCCUGUUUUACAGAUUAGGACACUGAGCCCAGAGAGGGCAAGAUCCUGACCUGAGGUCACACAGCAAGUCCCCAGCAGAACUGGCAUUCCCUUCAGAGAGCUGGGUAGCACCAGGGUUCACAGCCCACAGGAGUCAUUCAUUCAUUCAACAAACAUGUACUGAGCAGCUACUGUAGCCAGGCCCUGGGGAUACAGGCAUGGACCAGACAGACACAACCCUUGCCCUCAUGGAGCUUAUGCUCUAGUCACAGAGACAGACCAUGAACACAGCAAAGGUUCACUUGAUCCCCAAGCUCCCUUCUCUCCUCUCGGCUCCCGGGCGCUCACUUGAACACCCUCACUAGUACCACUAGUACCGUUUCCCCUCCCCCACAGGCUGACUGAAAGCCCUCCAGUCCCUGUACGGAGCACUCAGACCGGUUCCCCAGCCUCCCCUCGCCGCCCUGGGUCCAGCUGCUCUUCCAGAGCUUGGCUCCUCUCACUGCGUCCGAGGCCGAUAAAACAGGCCCAUCCGGUUGUCCUGGGCUCAGGGGAAGAUGCUUUAGGUCACCGGGUGCUUCAUUCACUUCCCCACCACGAUGGUGACCUUGGAGCCGGCGAGGAGGUGGCCGCGGGAGCCAGCUUGCUCUGGGUCCAGGGGGCCUAGAAGAGAGGCUGAGGUUCCACGUCGAGAGGAGAGGCUUUGGUUCCAGCUUAGGAAGAACGUCCUCUCUAAAAACAGCGGAUGGCAUAGCCGUACGUCACUAGUGGAGGGGACCCCGAGGCCCUACGAACGGGACGGGCAGGCCCUGUCCUCAGCACUUGGCACAGGCCUGCUCUCUGCUCCCCGGACGCCCGGCACUCCCUCCCCCAGGACCUGUGCCCCACCCCCUCUCUGUC